AUGCCACCUCGAAUACCUGUUCCGUCGCGCUAUGGCGUGUCCAACUUAUGCUUUCGACCAGCUCCCCCUUCAUCAAAUGCUCGUCUGCCCAUCACAGCGGUAGCCAAUGCUGCUACAUUGGCUCAAAGGAGGAAGCACAAGGAUCCAUACGCCUUAGCCCAAGCAAAGCAAAGGAAAGAUGCGAAUCUAUCUCGACGAGCAGAGCUUCAGGAAGAGAGAAAGAAGGCGUUAGGCGACCCAGUCCGGGGCAUAACCACUCCGUUUUUGGAAUCAUUCGAUGACGUGGGAGGUUCGAUGGUGAUAAUCGAUGCGAAUUCUACCAGCGAUGGCUCAGAAGGAAUCAAAAUCACGACAGCCGACAACAUUCUCCUCAAUCAUUUUCUCAAGCCGUCCGAACUCGAAGCAUCAAUCAAACAUUCUCAGGCCUUGACAGAACCUAUUGUAGAUAAGGUUCGAGACACAGCCGAUCCUGUUCUCGAAGCAGCAGCCAAGAAGAAGCAAGAAGAAGCCCAUGCAAGAGCUACGACUGCUAUGGCGAGAAUUGUCAGUCUGGCAAAUGCCAGCCAGAAGGAUAAGACGAGAGCGAAUGUGAGACGAUGUGUAGAGGCGUUUGGGCGUCAUAAUACGGACCAGACAUUGAGACCGCGGUUACAGCCAAACCCCAGCACUUUAGGGGGCGUACCGCUCCCUGAGAAGACACCGAGAGCUGGACCAGACACUGGAAGCUCGGAGGUUCAGAUCGCUAUUUUGACGGCGAAGAUCAGAGUGUUGGCAAAUCAGCUAGAGAUGAAAGGUGGAAAGAAGGAUAAAAUCAACAAGAGGAAUUUGAGGGUCAUGGUACACAAGAGACAAAAGUUGCUGAGAUAUCUACGGUCGAAGGAGCGUGGUGGUGAUCGAUGGCAGCAUCUGGUGAACACUUUGGGAUUGAGUGAAGGAACCUGGCAAGGCGAGAUCAGCCUGUAA